UCUUUACCAGAUUCUAUUCAAGGAUGUUGUAGUCGGAAAGAAACUGCUAUCAAACGAUUUGAUAUUAGUCUACUAUAAUAUGGUCACUAUGGUAACAACGUUUUUUUUUUAUUCUCCCUACGUCACUACCGGGAGGAUUCGGGACGCCAGGAAGAGCAUCGUGUGCGCCGCUCGAUGAAUGAAGCUGAACGCCAAACUUCCCCGAUUCAUUCAACUUUCAGAGGAAACCUCCCCGCGUGGAAGCAUCCUACGAUAGCUCGCUCCACCAGCGUGCAUGUUUGUUCCUGUAGCUGGGAAUUUUGCACAAUAUUGUGCAAACAUACCUCCAGCUGCAGCCGUGUGUGUGUGUGUGUGUGUGUAAAAGAGUGUGUCUGUGUGUGUGAGAGGAGCCUCUGUGUACCAUGUCAGUGUCAGUGAUCAUAAAGUGGGGAGGUCAGGAGUACUCCAUCAGCUCUCUGUCGGAGGAGGACACAGUGAUGGACCUGAAACAGUCUAUUAAGACCUUGACCGGGGUGCUACCGGAGAGACAGAAACUACUGGGACUCAAGGUCAAAGGUAAACCUGCAGAGGAUGUGGUGAAGCUGGGCACUUUGAAGCUGAAGCCUAACACUAAGAUCAUGAUGAUGGGUACCAGAGAAGAGAGCCUGGAAGAGGUUUUAGCCCCUCCCCCAGAGAACGAUGAUGUGGUCAAUGAUUUUGAUAUUGAGGAGGAGGUCAUUGAAGUGGAGAACAGAGAGGAGAAUCUGGCAAAGAUUGCCCGCAGAGUGAAAGACUAUAAGGUGGAGGAGAUGAACCCUCCCAGGGAAGGCAAGGGGCUUCUGGUACUGGAUGUGGACUACACACUGUUCGAUCAUAAGUCGUGUGCGGAAACGGGUCAGGAGCUGAUGAGACCAUACCUCCACGAGUUUCUGACAUCAGCCUACGAGGACUACGACAUUGUCAUCUGGUCUGCUACAAGUAUGAAGUGGAUUGAUGCCAAAAUGAAAGAACUGGGGGUGACAGACAACCCUAACUACAAGAUUACGUUUAUGUUGGAUAGUGCAGCAAUGAUCACGGUGCAUACCCCAAAGAGAGGGGUUGUGGAGGUGAAGCCCCUGGGUGUAAUAUGGGGGAAGUACGAAGAGUUUUACAACAGGAGGAACACGAUUAUGUUUGACGACAUCGGAAGAAACUUUCUAAUGAACCCACAGAACGGACUCAAGAUUCGACCCUUUAUGAAGGCCCAUCUUAACAGAGAGAAGGACAGGGAACUCUAUAAACUGGCUCAGUACCUCAAAGAAAUCGCCAAGCUUGACGACCUCAGUGGACUCAACCACAAACACUGGGAGAGGUACCUAUCUAAGAGGCAGCAUCACUGAGGAGGCCCUGCAUCAACGAAUCAGGCUGGACACUACAAUCCCAUCAUCCAGUUCUCAAGUACACAAACUUGGCUAUUACAAGCCCUUUGUUACAAACCGUAAUACGAAACCUACCGUAAACCUGCAGACGCCGACUCCCCGAAGCUCUGGGCUGAGAUGGGUUUUCUAAUUUAUAUCUUUGCAUGUUCUCUCACACAUUUAUUUGCCCUUAUUACGACAGCAACAGCAGUUACCACCCGCCUGUCUGUUAGUCCUUAGGGAUGCAUCGAUGCACUACUGACCCAACAGGUUGGAUCAGACCAAUCUAUAAAUAAUACAUACAAGUUCAGACCAAUUUGUUGAUUCAUUUAAAAGGUUUACACGUGAAUUGUUACUAGAAGUUACUAGUUGUACCAUUUAUUAUUUUAUUCAUGAAUAAAAAAUUCAAGCAAUGUUUAAGUCAAGCCUAAUGUUGCCUUAAUCAUAAAAGAAUGAGCCUGGUUUUCACCCUGCUGUGGUAAUCAGAUUAUUAAUUGAACACCAGUUUUGGAUCAGAACUCGCUAUCACCUGAUAUCCAGACCCCAGGUGUUGGGGGAAACAAUGGUUGGAUCGUUGCAUCCCUGGUAAUCCUGAACAAUAUUACUAUUCCAAUAAUAUUUUGUUUGUGUGUAAUUAAAAAUGGUUGAAUGUAAAGUCCAAUUUCACAUAAAAAGUUUUACUGGAGUUGUUCUUGUGAGAUAAUUUUUUGCAAAACGUAUUGAAGAAUUAAUGUGGAAAAUUUAAACGGUAAAUAAUAUCGAGAGAACUCUUCCAAAAUGCCCAAGAAGACCUAAGUCCAUGUGCAUCAAACCUGCCCCGUAUGACAUGUAAUAAUAUGCAAUAAUCCUCAAAGCUACUGUGACAUGAAAAGCCCAGUUCAGAUUGAGACUGGUUGUUAGCAAAUGCUUUCACAGCGCACAAGACGUGCACUAUUCGUUUUGUUUUGUUUUUCUUCGGUGCUUCAUUAAUGAAAUGAAUGCAUCUGCUCUUAUUGUCACAAUAAGACACGGAUGAAGAAGGGGGGUGUCGGGAGGCAGAUCCGUUUCCGACUUUAUGAGCACCCAAUGUUCUGGGAAACAUCAGGGAUGUGAUUUUUUUUUUUUUUGGAUUA